AUGGCACCUUACGAGGCCGUGGAAAAGAUUCGAGACAGAAUUAAGGUUGCUCAAGACAGACAGAAAAGCUAUGCCGAUAGAAGAAGAAAAGAUCUCAAGUUCCAAGUUCAUCACAAGGUAUUUCUGAAAGUAGCUCCAAUGAAGGGAGUACUUAGAUUUGGAAAGAAAGGAAAAUUAAGACCAAGAUUCAUUGGACGAUUCGAUGUGUUAGAAAGAAUCGGAGAUGUGGCAUAUAGACUGGCACUGCCACCAGAAAUUUCAGCAGUUGAUAAUGUUUUUCACGUAUCAAUGUUGCAAAAAUACUUACAGGAUCCUAAUCAUGUGAUCAACGAUCAAAAUUUAGAUGUACAACAUGAUUUGACCUAUGAAGAAAUGCCAUUGAGGAUACUAGAAAGAAAGGUUCAUGUACUGAGAAAUAGGGAUAUUCCCUUAAUCAAGGUCCUAUGGUGUAACCAUGGAGUGGAAGAAGCAACUUGGGAAAAGGAAGAUGAGAUGAAAAUCAAGUAUCCCGAACUUUUCAACUAA